UGUUCCUCGAUUGUGGACAGAAGUGAGUCAUAGUAUAUUUUUGGCCAUAUGCCAUAAUUCCCUUCUCUCCAGAUCAUGGGAAAGAUCAACAUGGUUUUGCGAACAAAACGCAUCUGAUCGACUUUUCGAUUGAUGGUAUUUCUUGCUUGGAACUUCGUAUCUUGGAUUGAAAAGGAAGCAAUCACAGACACAGAUAUGAAUAAUAAUGAGUAAGAACAGCGUUUCAAGUCUGAUGAACAAAUGAAUGAAAAGUUAUUGGUCCUGGUCCUUUCAUUAACCUUCGUUCCUAACGCCUUCCACCUAGGCCUGUGUCAUAAGCACAACUCCAAACACCAUGCGUUCUGGAGAGAGAAGAACUCACCUGAUUUCGUCAGGCGGACAUCAGCUCACCUUCGAGACUGGAAAAGAAUCGUUGAAAUGGAGAAGAAAGAUACAUCUCGAAAGAGAGGGUUUUCUCCCCCUUUAAAAAAAGAUGAAAUAGCAAAGAAUGAAAUUUUAGUAAAGGAACUGGCUUUGUCAUCUUUCGUUGGAGACGUUAGAAACCUUAAGAAGAAAGUAACAAACAAGAAGCGCAAAAUCACAAAGAAAAUCCAUCCAAAAUCAAAAACAAGACUUGCAAUACGGGCUACAUCAACAGCGAAAAGCACCCAGAAAAGAACUUCAAUAAUGUUGCCUUCAGCUUCAGGAGGCAGAUCGCAGCCUGAACACGCAAUUCCCAUUUCCCGCACUCUCGUCACUGCAUUAGGGCUGUUACUAAACGAAAAGAAUCAUUUUGUAAAAGACUCCAAUGCCUUGUCUCUGGCUAAAGUGCUUCUCGACAAUGACAACACUGUAAAUCAAGAGCACGAAUCUGUUGGUUCUGAUCCUCAAAACUCUAAAGCUGAGCUUCCUCUUGAUUUUGGAAGCAAACUAUUACGUCUUUUGAACACUUCAUCGCUUCGGAACAGUGCAUCUGGAGAGCGGAAGUCUACUAUACAUACCGAGCUUAUCAAUCCCACAGAGUUGGGAAUCUCAAUAUUAAGACUAUUGUUUGGGCGCAAGGCACACCUUGUAACCAAACCCACAUACAAACCUUUGCUCCGGUAUAAUCCAACUGAUUCCAGUUCACGAAUAAAACUUUUACCUCAGACAAAAGAGCUCGAUAAAGGAAAUGCAAUGAUAAGAACGAGGAAACAUCACAAAAAGUCAUUUUCCUUUGCCCUGGCAAAAGCCGUUAGCGAUCUUAUCAAGUCUAUGGCCAAGGAAGAGCUAAAAAAUUACUUACGAAAAAUGCACGAUGAUCCCAAAUUUACAAAGGGAAUAUCGUUGUCGAGGGUACCUGACAGUUUGUGGCCCUCAAAAAAGGUGGUAGACGUUCAAGGGAAUCGAAAAUCGUGGGUUCUUUUAAAAAUUCCAAAAUCAGGAGAAUCACUGCUGCCUAAUGCAGAUUUGUCUGAUGAACCUCUUCAAGAAAAGGAGACAGACGUGGACAAUGAGACUGAAUCUGAGAAAAAGCCGGCAGGUAUCGUGGAUACUUUAGGGAAACUUAACGAUGCUCAGCCUUCGUCUAAGGAAGCCCUUGAUAAAGAUAUAGGAGAACCCUCAAAAGAAACAAAGAAUAAAAGUUUUGCGAGCGACUCUAAAGUGCGGCCAACCACCAAGGUUGGUUACAGCGUGAGGAUCCUACCUUCAUUAAAAGGGACAGCUGAGAAACUAAAUAAUAAUUACCGCACAAACAGAAAGCCUCAGUCUGCCGCACAAACUACAGCUGCAUUCGCUGAAGCUGUCAAGAAGUUAUUGCAAGCAGUACAAUCCAGUAUCAAAAGUCUGCAGGGCAAGCACGUGAUAAAUUAUCCUACUGAUUUAACCCCAAGAGAAGAGAAUCAACAUAUAAACCUUCAAAACGUACCGUAUACAAGAACUGGAAGUGUAAGAGCCAUUAAAAAAGAUCCAGUUUCUUUACAUUAUGUUGAGCCCACGAUAAAGUCUCAGUUUAUACAAGAUAUUCCUGUCCAUGGGAAAGCGAACUCAGUAGAACUGUCCGCUUCAACCAGAGGGGCUGGGCAAGAAUAUCGGAAGCCUCAAAAGACGCUCUUUGACCCAUUAAAAGACCUGGAAAUGUCACCAUCUGAACCAAUUACAAAAUCAAGUUCUCAGACAAAAGCGCUUGGCCCAUCAGACAAUGUCUUAUUUGAGUCUGCCACAGAGAUUGGAACUCCUAAAGACAAGCAAGAAUUCUCCACAGCAGAGCACAUCAAGGAAGAUCUCGAGACUUUUGCUGAGAAAGGGCUUGAAGCUCAUAAUCACUACCGUCAAGAACACCACUCUUCUAAUCUUCGUUGGUCAGACGUACUUGCUACGCAAGCAGAAAAAAUGGCAUAUGAUAUGGCCAUGAGGGGAACCGUAGAACGCUCAGAAUUAGCAGAGUCAAUGGGUUAUGGAGAAAAUGUGGCAAAAAUAACUGGUGUUCCAUUCAACGAUGCUGGAGCAGUGGCAACUGAUCUUUGGUAUAGCGAAUCCCGUAAUUACAGUUACUCGUAUCCACGAGUAAUUCCACAAACUGACGCAUUCACUCAACUGGUCUGGAAAGGAACGAAAGAAAUUGGCAUGGGAUGCGCCAAGGAUGUUGCUACUAAUGAUUUGUAUGUGGUGGCUUUGUAUAAACCACCAGGGAAUGAUCGGAAACGAUUACGAGAUAAUGUACUUAAUAAAGGAACUAUGACAGAGGACGUUUACGCCACAAUAUUUAAGAGAGCACAGAUGCUAUCAAAUUCAACCCUUGAUUAAUAUACCUCGUGAAUUAAACUCUUGAAAAGUAACACUUUCAUUUGUUUUCAUUUUUGUUCAUGAGUGAAAGACUUGAUAACGAAUUUUUUCAUGGAGGAUACAAAAAAUGCAAACACAACGGUAAUUA